AUGCUUGACGAGAGAGAUACUCUUCGGGACAAGGUUUAUACUUUCUUUGAAGGUGGUAAUGAGCUUUGGGAGGAGGAUGGUUCGACGGAAUGGGAUGUCAUUGAUGCGGACUGGAUCGGGUGGCAACGACGGACGUGGGACAACGUCGAAGCGGCGGCGAGGGAAAGAGCCCAGAAAAACAUACCAAUUCUCCAGCUUGAGACAAUACCACCAGACGUACCUUUCGUCGAGUGCUGGUAUUAUACUAAAAAUUUUCGGCGUAAUCAACUUCAAGCACAUCCUUGGGAGCAGAGGGAUGAUCCCGAGGUGCGGGAAGCUUUGUUCUUCGAAGACACUAAUGCAAGAAAUCUUGGGGAAUUGAUCAGGGUCGAUAUCCUCCUCCCUCCUAUCGAACCAAUGAUGCCGACUAACUAG